GGCUGUGUCCUGUAGCUGCUCUCUUUUAUGGUUGAUGGUUACGACCUGAACAGAUCGAUCGUCCUUCCUGUCGUUUCGUUUCCUCGCCGGCAGGGCACUGGGUACGCCGCCGCCGCCUCAACGCCACCACGCUGCCGCCGCGCCAGUUCGUCAUCGCGAGACACAAGACACGUGCCUCGCUUCCCCCCGGGCCGGUUGGCCGUCGCUGUUCUGUUCCUAUUUCUUGGCAACUCCGCCCGUUUCACCUCCGGAGGACCGACAGCGACGGCGCCAGUAGAUAGAUGCACUACUGACGCCACUGGCCACCUCGAGCUCGAGUGCCAAGGGACGCCACGAGACCAACCGUGAGGACAGGACAGCGGUCGCCUUUGCCCGCGGAUCCGCGGAUUUCGUCUUCUUGGGUGCCAUGGAUCCAGUCGCCGGCACGGCGGAGCAUCGGGGCCCGUUGGAAGUGCGCGCCCGCGCGCCCGGCAAGAUCAUCCUCGCGGGCGAGCACGCCGUCGUCCACGGCUCCGCCGCCGUCGCCGCUGCCAUCGAUCUCUACACCAACUCCUCCCUCCUCCUCCGCCCCACAGGCCCAGGAGAGGGUGGCGGCGCUGGCUCCGGCGCGGUGGAGCUGGACCUCAGGGACUCGGGCCUCACCUUCUCGUGGCCGUGCUCGCGCCUCCGCGGGGCGCUGGGGGAGGAGAUCAGCGCCAACCCCGGGGCUCCGGCGCCGUGCUCCCCUGACCAGCUGGCCGCCAUUGCCAGGCUCUUGCAGGACCAGGAGAUCCCUGAGGCCAAGAUCUGGCUCUCCGCCGGCCUCUCCGCCUUCCUUUUUCUCUACGCCUCCAUUUUGGGAUGCAGGCCUGGCAAGGCAGUGGUGUCCUCGGACCUGCCCAUGGGCGCAGGGCUCGGCUCAUCAGCGGCAUUUUGUGUUUCCAUGUCGGGGGCGCUAUUGACUGCUGCUGGUGCAGUAAGUGUUGGAGCACGCAGGGGUGCUGAGGGUUGGGAGGUGUUGGAGAAGGGUGCUCUUGAGCUGGUCAACCAAUGGGCGUUCCAAGGGGAAAAGAUUAUUCAUGGCAAGCCUUCUGGCAUUGACAAUUCCGUCAGCACUUUUGGGAAAAUGAUCAAAUUCAAGAAGGGGGAACUGACAAACCUUGAGUCCUGGAACCCAGUCAAAAUGCUUAUUACUGAUACAAGAGUUGGUAGGAACACAAAGGCAUUGGUUGCUGGUGUGUCUGAAAGGGCGUCUAGGCAUCCAGAUGCUAUGGCUUCUGUCUUCCAUGCAGUGAACUCUAUUAGUGAAGAGCUUUCAAGCAUUGUUGAGUUAGCAGCCGAGGAUGAGAUAGCCAUCACCUCUAAGGAGGAUAAGCUAGCAGAGCUUAUGGAGAUGAACCAAGGUUUGCUUCAGUGUAUGGGAGUCAGCCAUUCUUCUAUAGAAACUGUGUUGCGGACCACUCUGAAAUAUAGCUUGGUCUCAAAGCUAACUGGAGCUGGUGGUGGAGGCUGUGUGUUGACUCUAAUACCGACGUUAUCGGCCAAUACUGUUCUGGAGAAAGUCACCACAGAGCUCGAAUCUCACGGUUAUCGCUGCUUCAAAGUUGAGGUUGGUGGGCGAGGUCUCCAAGUAUUCCGUGGAUAGCACUCAUCCUAUUUCAAGGAGAUGUUGUACCAAACUUAGAUGGCUUACCUGCAUUGAAGCUGUUUAGAUUCUCUUCUUGAGUUAUUCCAAGAUCAUGAUAGGAUAUUCUUCUCCUAAGCCUAGCAGGUUCUUGUAUCCAGUACUUUGCUCCAGGAUUAGGACAUUCUUAUGCUAUCCCUAGCGAUCUUGUAUCAAAUAAGCUCAUAGAUGCAUGAUCAUUGCUGGUGUGAUUGUUGUAUUAAGUAAACAGACUUUUAAUUGCUCCAAA